AUGGAGGAUCUGGCUGCCAAGUGGAGCACUUUCUUCUUGUCAGAGAGGGAGACAACAGGCUUUGUUCUUCAAUGUGACCAACGAUCAGGGGAGUUUCUUUUAGCAGCACAAUUUUUAGCCCCUCGAGUUUUGAAUAUGGAAGCAAUGGCGAGGUCCUUCAAAGAGCUUUGGAGGUCUACCAAUGGUUUCAAAAUUCAAAAUCACAAGGAGCAGAGAGUUUUAUUUGUUUUUGACAAUCUGGGUGAUGUGUAUAUGAUCUUGCAAAACCAACCAUGGAGUUUUGACAAGCACUUAGUCAUGUUGCAAAGAUACAAUUCUGAUGUUCCGAUAUUUGGUGAGGUGAAAAAAUCAGUAGGGGCAGUGGAUGAUGAUAGUGGUCUUUUCAUACGAGUUCGAGUCCUCAUAGAUAUUUCUCUUCCCCUAUGCUGUGGAAGGCUAAUUACAAUGGAGAAUGGAGAAAAAGCUUGGGUGAAGUUCAUGUAUGAGCGGCUGCCCAACAUCUGCUUUUGGUGUGGACAUCUGAAUCACAGUGAUAAGAACUGUGAAUUAUGGAUUGAUAGCAAGGGUACACUUACACCAAAGCAACAACAAUUUGAUUCAUCGUUGAAGGCAGCCCCGUAUACAUCAGUAGGUAAGGACGUAAUUUAUGUCCUUGGAUAUCAUGAGCGAAAGAAGGACAGAGUUCAUGCCACGGCUCAGGUCUUCAACUCGUAA